AUGUCUUCUGCUCCCCCCACUCGUCAAGCCCUGACCCAACUGAUCAACAAUGGCCCGGAUCUAGCGCCUUCACAGCGUCAACGUCGCGACCGCCGUCCCUCAGAGAGGGCACUUUAUCAAGCUGAGGAAGAACAAGAUCGCAAUGUCCGUCGGCAAAACGUACCACGCAAAAUCAAGGCGACACGUAAAAAGUCCAUGGAUGAAGUUCAUGAUGGCGCGCAGUUUUCAUCUCAAACUAUCAGCCUAUCAAAUGCCAGUGUCCCGGCUCAUGGCCUGCUGGAUUUGAGGCCCCGGUUUAACAGGGUCCCCCCACCAGACAAGCACAAGCGAGACCAAUCCUCAAGCACGCUGGUUCAAAGCUCGAGACCCUCAAGCACGCACACGCCAGACCAAUCUUCCCAGUCUGGUGGCUGGCGGGAGGAUGCUCUAACAAAGGAUUCUGGAUUUAUCAAUCGUGGACACGUGUCCAAUGAUAACAGUGUCCCAUCGGCACCUCGCAAGUUGACGGUAGCUCGUGCAAAAGAGCUCAUGCAACUUCGGCAGGCGCAGUCCGCCGUUACUACUCGAGGUGACUCGGACGAUGACUUGGACCAGUCCGACGGCGAACAGAAUCCCAGCAACAAUUACGAAGAUUACAACAACGAAGAUUACAUGGAUUGUGAUGACGUGUUCAUGGAUAGAGAUGGGGAGGACAAUGCUCACUGUAAUGGUUUGCAUAAGCGUCCACGAUCACCCUCAGAUAACGAGGGUGAUAGCACUCUACAAAGAGAUGCGCAAGUCCGAGGACUCACCCUCCCCACAGCAACAGCGUCUCCCACAGAAAAUCCAGAAGACUCGUUUUGCGCGCGGCUUGCUUCUGAGUAUGCGUACCCAGACCGCAUGACUCAAGUCUUGUGGGCGAAGGAGGCAUGGAAGGAGGGAUGUGCCGCUUAUGAGAUUGAGAUGGGCUUCAAUAGUGAGAUCAUUCAAAUUAUUACCCGUCGCACGUCACAUCUGACCAGUCAGGUGAAAGGGAAGGUUCGCUCACUUGUCGAGAACAUUUACGGCUUCGAGCAUGGCAGUCGGGAGUCCGUCAAGUCCAGGAAUCGCAGACUUGCCCGUCAGCUCAAGAGUAAAUUUGGUCUGUGUUACCGGAACCUCGGAGAUGAGAAACACAAGGUCCCUCGCAGCGGGCUAUUUAGGACGAAGUUGAAUCAAAAAGCGGCCAAUUUGCUCUGGUACAGUAACAAGAAGGACGAAGGGGUGAUGUUCGACAAGCUAUUUACUCUGUUUCCCAUUCCUGCCUUGGCGUUGGUGUACACAGCGGCAGAAUGUUGUGUCGACGAAUGGGUUGACGGCGAGCGGAUAGAUAUUAGUUUUUCGUGUGGCGAGUACAAGGAGGCUUAUGACAAGCACCUUGCUAACCUCAAGAAAUUCCAUGUACGAACGAAGGACCACGGCAUUCUCGAUGGUAUCCUGAAGGAGAUCAACGACAAUGGGAGAAUCCACGCUAAGGUAGAUCCGGCUGAUGUCGGAGAUGCAGACUGUCUCUCCGAUGACGAAAUUCACAAUGCCAUUCGCGAAUACCAGCAGGGGAGUGGUGUGAAUGAGACUGAUGACGAGGAUGAGGAUUAUGGUAGUCAUUCUGAGCAGAACUGGAUGCGAAGACGAGUAGAAUAA